CCCUCUCCUCAUCAUGAGUUGGGGUGCCCGACUCACCGCCUGCCCCCAGGAGCCUGCUUUCUUCCCCAAGGACAGUCCACCCAUGUCCCAAUCCCACCGGCUGUCCUGGAAGGACUUGCUGAGAUAAUUUUAUCAGGUGCUAUUUUGGGAGCACAUACUUUAUUCUGAUGGAGCAAAUGCUGCAGAGAACUGGAUGCCGGCACAUGGGACCCAGGGGCUGGGCCACUUUUAGCCCCUGGUCACAUGAGGGAGAUCAUCAGCCUGCCCAGAAUACAAAAGGAUUUUCCCUUCUUCACAGAGCUGAUAAUUUGAGGGUCGAUAUUCCUGGCAACUUUCUGCAUUAGGAGCUGGUCUAAAUCAAAUCUUGAUGUUCUCAUAAAGGUUAAGUGCAGAUGAGAGUGACCGGGCGGCUGAAGGCGGGGCCGUCGGGGGCCUGCUGGGCGCCUGGAUGACGAGUGGGCAGUUCAAGCCGGUCCCUCAGAUCCUGAUGGAGCUGCCUCGCUCCGAGCAGCAGAAGCUCGUCGACAAAGCCACAGCCAUCGUCAGGCACCUGGAGUGGACGGACGCCGUGCAACUGGUCACGCUGGUCAUGGGCAGCGAGGUCCUGCAGCAGCAGCUUCUGGCCAUGCUGGUGAACUACGUCAACAAGGAGCUGCGGGCAGAGAUUAAAUACGGGGACUAGGUCGCUGCUGCCCACGAGAGGGGCCCCUGGGAGUGCUGCAGGGAAUGCUGUGAAGGACCCCCUGAGAAGCCCAUCCAGCGGCAGUGUCCCCCAGCUGCAGCGCCCUGCGUGCUGCCCGUGUUCCUGAGAAGCCGAGUGUGCGAGCGCCUCACUGCUUGCCCGCAGCCCUGACCAUGGGACCAUGGGCAGCAGAGCCUCCCUCACACGAUGACUCUUGCCCGGCACCUGUGGCACGACUGGUUCCCUGCGGGGUCCAGGCGCUCAGGGCAGGGACAGCCCAUGCUGCCCUCAUGCUUACCUCCCUGGUCACCCCUUCCCUCAUCUGGGGACUUCUGAGUGGGCUGGGGGUGGGCAGAGGCAGGGGGCUUGAUGAGGGGCAGGUGUGCUCACCUGUUCUCCCAUGCCUGCCCUGGGGGAAUCCCGCCCACCAUGAGAAGCCAGGGUACUUCUUGAAUUAUACCAUGCAAAUUAAAUCUGUUCCGUAUGAA